CGGAUUUACCUACCUCUGUUGCGGUCUAUUCAUCAAAACUUCAAAAGUAAGCAAAGAGAGAUGGAGAAGUUUCUACGGGAGACCUCUAGGCUCUAGCAGGAUCUCGAACCACAAUUCCGGGUCCACCGCAUUUGUCCCAAAUUCAUCGAACCGACCUGCCAUAGCCAGAUUUUGUAAAAAGUAUUUAAACAUAUUAUUCGUUCCUUACCACGCAUUCAGCGUCAAGCAAUUGUGUUCAUCAGCGUGUUAGUUGUGAUUUUGUGAAAGACGAAACUGAAGAAUAUUUUCUGCGAUCGGAGUUCUACCCUUUUGUAAUCUGAGAGAUGUGGAACAGUAUGGCUGGUAAAAGUGAUCCGGAGUCCGGGGGCGGGCUGCUAUAUCCGACGAUGCUGGAGGCUCCGGAACUCCGGUGGUCAUUUAUACGGAAAGUGUACUCGAUUGUAGCUAUCCAGUUGCUGCUAUCCGUCGCCGUCGGCGCUGUGGUCGUCUCUAAUCAUCAUAUCUCCCGCUUCUUCACUACUACUGGUGCCGGAUUGGCUCUCUAUAUUGUUCUCAUCAUCACGCCUUUCAUAGUGCUGUGCCCUCUGCAUUACUAUUACCAGAAGCAUCCGUACAACUAUAUACUGCUUGGCAUUUUCACAGUUGCUCUUUCCUCCGCCGUUGGAUUGACUUGUGCAUACACGAGCGGGAAAGUGAUCCUUGAAUCAGCCAUUCUAACAGCAGCAGUAGUGGUUGCUCUCACUUUAUACACAUUUUGGGCAGCCAGGAGAGGCCAUGAUUUUAAUUUCCUUGGACCAUUCCUGUUCGGUGCUAUUAUGGUGCUUAUGCUGUUUUCACUGAUCCAGGUGUUUUUUCCUUUGGGGAAGAUCUCAGUUAUGAUCUAUGGGUGUCUGGCAUCAAUAAUAUUUUGUGGGUACAUCGUUUAUGACACAGACAACCUUAUCAAACGCUACAGUUAUGAUGAAUUCAUAUGGGCUGCUGUUGCCUUGUACCUAGAUGUCAUCAACCUAUUUGUAUCCCUCUUGAGCAUUUUCAGAGCUACUGAUAGUUGAAAAGUGCAGUUAAUUCCCCUUUAUGCUCUCUAUUUGUUUGCAUCAUAGAUUACUUGCAAUGUUCUUCACAUAACAAUGAAUUUGUAUAUUUGUAUGUACUGUUGAAGUUGAAAUGUCAUAAUUUUCACCUAUGUAACUUCCCUUUUUGCUAUAGGUGUAGGCCUACCUUCUCCUCUUCAUAAUUCGUUUUUUG